GUGACCCACCUGCCUCAUCCUCCCAAAGUGCUGGGAUUACAGGCAUGAGCCACCAUGCCCAGCCUAUCUCAUUAUAUUUUGAUGCCAUAAUCUUGUCAGGGAAUCCACGAUAAAAACAGUAAUAACCAUAAGGUUAUACAGAAGGCUUAACCAAAUAUCCAAAUGAAUCUAUUAAUAAUUUGUCUCUCAUCCAGAGACAGCUGCUUUCUGUAUAGAGUCACUUUGGGAAGCAGUGAUGAUGUAGUGGAAAGACAGCUAAACCUGGGAAUGCCUGGGCUCUUCUACUGUCUAACUUUAGAAAAGCCAGAAUUGCUCUGAGGUUUAAUGUCCUUAUUUGUAAAGUGGAGUUAAGAAAAUCCACCUUACACAGCUCUUAAGAAUUAAUUAGAACUACAUAAAAGUGUAUUGGAAAACUAGAACAACUGCAAAUGUUAGGCGCUAUUAAUUAUUAAUGAGUAUUUGAAAAUCAAAAUUAGUAAUAAACUUAUUUGUCUUUAUAACACAAAGGGAGAAGCCAUAUUAUUCUGGAUUUGAGAUACAACUCUAUCAUUAACCCACUCUGUUACCUUGGUUAUGUUAAUUAAAGUCUUUGAGAUUAAGCUUUCUACUAUAAAAAAUAGAUAGAAAUAAAUUUUUGGUAAAUAUUGAGAGAUAUUAAAUAUAGAGCCCUCAUCGCAAUUCCAGUAUACAACAAAUCCACAGAAAAUGUUAGCUAUUAUUUAAAAUGUGAUGUACUUACUAAGACAUCCCAACAAAUCACGUUCAUCCUCUGAGCCUCUAUCUGAGCAGUGUCUGUACACCCUCCACAACCUGCUUUUCUCCUCUUUUAAAAAUGCUUCAGCAACAGCUUUGGUAUUACAACAGUAAUAGUUUUGUAACCUUUGUAACUACUUUUGUAACUGCUAUGGGCAUAUUCAUAAUUGCUUUUGCUUUAGGGGUUAGUUGAAUUAUCAUCAUUAAUUUAAAGCUCCACUUGUAUGGUGUUAGGUCAGAAUCAUUGAAAAGUUUUAUGGUGGAAAUAAAAUCAAAUAAUUUCAUACUAAGAAAAAACUUUAAGGUUUUUGAAUUCAUGUUAUUCAUUCAAAUUGAGAAUAUCCUUAAUGGUAUACCUGAAAGAUGAUUCUCUUUACCUCUUCUUGAAUACUUCCAGUGAUGAGAUCAUUACGUCAAAAGGUUGCUUAUUUCAUUGAUGUAAAAUUUCUAAUAAUUAAGCAAUUCUUUUUUACAUUGAAAAUAAAUCUUUCUACUACAUCUGCCCAUGGUUCUUGAGUCUGUGUAAAACAACUCCUAUCAAGUCUACCCACCAGCUUUGCAAGCAUUUGAAGACCACAUUAAAUCUCUUUCUCUUCUUUUGGUGCAAGACUCAAAUCUCUGUAAUUCAGCAUAGCUUAGUGCUUAAAAGAAUUGGCUUUGAAAUUAUAGUCUCAGCUCAUUUACUUUCUAGUUGUGUAAUCUCUAGAUUAUUUAAUCUGUUGUUCAGUUUCUUUGUCAAGUAAUACUAUCUACUUCCUAAAGUUUCAUUUGGAGAUUAAAUGUAACAAUGAAUUAAACAUAUUAGCAUGACAGUUUAUGGUAAGUGCUUACAGUGGAUUGUUAAUUAAAUAAUAACAGUUUAGUUGACUGUUUUUUGGUUUAUAGCUCCUUUAUUUAUACUGGUCAUCUUCCCAGCAAUGUAUCCAGUAUGUGAGACUGUUUUUCUGUAGGAGUAAUGACGUGAAGAUACAUCAUGAUAGUAGAUGCAUAAUAAAUAACUACUGAUUAGGCUUCUGUCUUGAAUAGUGAUGUUUAUUAGAGCUAGCCAUAUAGUCACAUACAUGUAUAGAUAAUUUGAAAAGUGAUGAGGUAAGUGGUAACACAAACUAUCAUGAAAUCGUGAGCUUAUGAUAUUGAUCUGAAUUGGAGCAAAGACUUGAAGGUGUAACAGACAACCAAACAAAGGGAUAGCAACGCAAGUGAUCUAAUGUUAAAACUAGUGUUUUUCUACUAUGCAAACAGUCUUGGGGGAACAUAUUUCCCACUUUAGAGUAUCCCUUUCCAAUGAUAUUAUUACUGUUAUCUCAUGAUUGGGUGAUGAAUGUUACUCACAAACUAAUUGCUCCCUCAGAGCUAUCACUGAGUCCCAAGUAGGGCUUAAGGGGUUCUGAAAAGAAAUUUCAAGAAAGCAAUCCAGAGAGAGUGAGUGUGUACGGGUCUUGAUUGUACAAAUCCUAUGAGAUUUGAUUCUUUAUAAAUAGGAGAAUUAAGGCUCCUUUGGCUGGAGCACACUGUACUCUGCUGAGAAAAAGUAAAUGUGAGAUCUUGUUAUAACAGUUGGGAAACUUGACUGUGUUCUCAGGUGGACAGUGUGAGUGUUCAAACUUCUACCUAUGUCUCACUGUUAGCCUCUUCCCCUCACACACUAAUGGGUUCACACAUGGAGAUCUUCCUUGUCUUUGGUGACUUCUUUCUGAAAUGGACUUAAAAAUCAAAUUAUGGAAUCACAGGAUAUCAUGGUGCUUGAUCAUAGGCAAGAACCAGAUGCUCUCCCUCUUGCCUUUGCUGACCAAAGAGAUGAAAGCUCACGGGAAUCUGUGUCGCUCAGAGAGACGAUUCAGGUGAGGCUAGAAUUAAUAACAAGGGGCAGACUGCAGAAGCAUUUCUUCCCCAGAAUGUCACUGUUUCUAUACUGUCUUUACUUUGCCGAGUUCUUGGGUAAUAUGUAGGUGACUCAUUCUGGCUUGGUCAUUCUCUUUAGAGAUGCUUUUCCAUGACACUUGCCACAGCUUAUGAUUGGGAUCCCUAUGUUGAAUGUGGCUCCGCAACUUGAAAGCUCCUUAAUUGGAGCUGAUACUAAGGUCUAGUGUUAAAGGAAUAGAAAAUACCUGUUAUGUAAUCUCUAAAACUAAAUGAGGUAUUUAUCAAUUGGGCUCUAAAGUCAAGAUUGGAAAUGAUCAGGAGGAAAUAGGACAUGAAGACUUUUCCUACCUUAAUAUAAAGCAAUGAUGUGAAUGCAUCUGGAAAGAGUGUCAUUGCCAAGCAAUGGGUACCUUUCCAAGCAAGGCUGUCUUAGAAAGCAGAGGCAAACAGAGGGCACAAUUGCCUAAUGAUUGAGGGCACAGGAAAUGGAAUUAAACAAAUCUGUCACGUACUAGCUUUUUAAGCAUGAGAAAUGUGUUUGAUUUUUCUAAGCUUCACUUUCCUAUCUAUAGAUAAGAACAGCAAUAAUAAUGGUAAUUUCUUUUUAUAGGUAUACUUUAAAAAUAAAUAAUACAUUUUUAAAUGCUGAGCCUGUCCUUGGAACACAGUAAGUAUUCAUUAAAUGGUGUGUGUGUGUGUGUGUCUGUGUGUGUGUGUGCGUGUGUGUGUAUUACCAUUAUUAUUACUGAGUAAUGAGAGAUCCCUGAAUCUUUCAGGUGCUAUACUCUGCUCUUAACUUAUGUAAACUACCUCAUUAGUGCUGUUCUUUGCCUUUCUUUACAUGGAUCACUGUAUUUCUUACUUCAUUACGGGAACAUGAAUUGGAUGCUUUCCUUGCUGAUACUGCUUCUCAAUAUUUCAGUCAUCUUAAGUCGGCUUAGAAACAGAAGAACCAGAACAGCAUCUCUUAUUGGAGUUGGAGAUCAUUGACCUUUCAAGUCUAGAAAGAUGUAAUCUGAAGAGUAUGUAAUCUUAAAUCUAUUCAAUGAUGUUAUUUAAUAAAAUAUUUUUUGCAAAUAGUUACAGGAUACAGACAUUAAAGGAAGGUACUUAAGAAUUAAGUUUAAGAUACAUAAAAUAAAGGGAACUAAGCUAUGAAGAUGCAAAGGCAUAAGAAUGAUACAAUGGACUUUGUGGACUUGGGGGGAAGAGUGGGAGUGGGGCGAGGGGUAAAAUACUACAAAUAUGGUGCAGUGUAUACUGCUCGGGUCAUGGGUGCACCAAAAUCUCACAAAUCACCACUAAAUCAUGUACUUAUGUGAUUAAAAACUACCUGUACCCCAAUAACUUAUGGAAGAAAAGAAAAAAACUUUUCAUUAGGGUUCAUAGUUUUGCCAGACAUUUUAGCAGAUACUUCAUAAAUUUUAAUACUAGGAUAUUUGUGUUACCGAUGUUAUAAUAAGUAUGAUUUCCAUUUGGCAGAUGAUGAAACUAAGUCUAUGAAAGACGUCAUGUAAAUUGUUUUAACAAGUAUAGCUAAUAAAUGGAAAAGCCAGGAUUCAUAUUAAGUUUUCCAGUUUCUAACAUAAUUAUUUUUCUGUUAGGUUGCAGAGGACAAUGGAUAGUAGAAGUUUCUUAUGUAAAGACAUCACAAGAGUUCAAAUAGUAAAUAUGCUCAAAAAGAAUAAAUCCAUGGUACAUAGGCUUCUAACUUAAGUUGAAGUGUUUUAAAUAUGCCUCUAAACUUCUCAUCCUGUAGAAGACAAGCAUCUGCCUUUACAAAGCAUUCCUUCCAUGAGUUGAAUAGACUGACUCUAAAAUAGGCAUUUCCUUAUUAUCUGAUUUUUUUUUUUACAUGGAUCUCUCUCUUGCCUUUCCUAAGAAGGCAGUUCGUUUCUUGUUAAAAACAUAGCCAAAGCACUCAUCAGCAAAAAGCUUGAGAACUUGACAUUGGUAUUUAGACUUGGGUGUCUUGGGUACCUUUUCAAGGUCAGAUGUUUUCACAGUCAUGAAGAAUCUCUCGGUGGUGUCCGAAUUCAUCCUGCUGGGCAUCCCGCACACAGAGGGUCUGGAGACUAUGCUCUUGGUCCUGUUUUUGUCCUUCUACAUCUUCACCCUUAUGGGGAACCUGCUCAUCUUGCUGGCUAUUGUCUCCUCCGCUCGGCUUCACACGCCCAUGUACUUCUUCCUGUGCAAACUGUCUAUUUUUGACAUAUUUUUCCCUUCUGUGAGUUCCCCUAAGAUGCUGUGCUAUCUUUCGGGGAACAGCCGAGCCAUCUCCUAUGCAGGCUGUGCAUCCCAGCUCUUCUUCUACCAUUUCCUGGGCUGCACUGAGUGUUUCCUGUACACGGUGAUGGCCUACGACCGCUUUGUUGCCAUUUGUCAUCCUCUACGCUACACCGUAAUCAUGAGCCACAGAGCGUGCGUCAUCCUAGCCAUGGGGACCUCAUUCUUUGGCUGCAUUCAGGCCACCUUUCUGACCACUCUCACCUUCCAAUUGCCCUACUGUGGCCCCAAUGAGGUGGACUAUUAUUUCUGUGAUAUCCCAGUCAUGCUGAAGCUGGCUUGCGCAGAUACCUCCGCCCUGGAGAUGGUGGGGUUCAUCAGCGUGGGCCUCAUGCCCCUCAGCUGUUUCCUUCUCGUCCUCACCUCUUACAGUCGCAUCGUCUUCUCCAUCCUGCAGAUCCACUCUGCCGAGGGCCGACGCCAUGCCUUCUCCACCUGCAGCGCCCACCUCACUGCCAUCCUGCUUUUUUACAUGCCAGUGGUCCUCAUUUACCUGAGGCCAACCCCCAGCCCCUGGUUGGAUGCAACUGUUCAGAUUCUGAAUAAUCUGGUCACCCCCAUGCUGAACCCCUUAAUCUACAGUCUCAGGAAUAAGGAGGUGAAAUCAUCACUAAGGAGGGUCCUACAUCAGCUGGGCUUCCUCCCUGAGCAGUUGUAGAGAGAAACAAGUAACUACCACUUCAACCACACUUCAUAGCUUAUAACAAUUUUUAUUUGGUGCUCACAAGUAUUUUUGAAAUUGAGGGCACAGGUAUUAUUAUUUCCAUUUUACAAUGUGGAGACUAACACUCAAAGUAACUUGUCCAGGGACAUGUAAGGAGUGAAUGGCAGAAUGAGGACUCUAGAGCUGGUUUUGUGACUCUGGGGCCUAUGCUCUCUUGAGGAAAUCAUACUGAGAGAGAGAGAGAGAAAAAAAAAAAAAAAACUCUUCUCAGCAGGCAGAACAGCUUGGAGCUUCUGCUUCUCAAUCUGUAUUUUCUUCAUCCUCCCACAUCCCCUCCUCCUCUUCAUUUCCCUCCCACUGUGACAUUUAUUCAUCUUGACUGCAGUGACUAUAUCCUCAAAUGCCUGCAUUGGAUAAGUCCUUAUUUUUAUUCAUCUACAAGUUGUUAAAAAUGUUAUUCAGUCCAAAAGGAAUGAGGAAUGCCUCCUACAAUAUGGAUGAACUUGAAAAGCUAAUGCUCAGUGGGAAAAAAAAGCCAGACACAAUAGGUCACAUAUUGUAUGAUUCCAUUCCUAUUAAAUAUCCAGAGCAGGUAAAUCCAUUAAAACAGAGGAAAUUGAUUUUUUUUUUUUUUUUAGUUUGAUUGUGGGGUGAUGAAAAUGUUUUGGAACUAGGUAGAGGUGAUGAUUGCACAACUCUGUGAAUGUGCUAUGUACAAUAUGAAUGUGAAUGUACACAACUCCACUGAUUUGUUCACUUUAAAAUAGUUCAUUUUUUGUUAUGUAAAUUGUACCUCAAUUUAAAAAAA